CUGCCAGGUGAGGCUGCCGAGAUGCUGCACUGCAUAUCAUCUCUCCUACACCUUUGCGAAGCGCUGCCUGCCUCCCGUGUGCUAACCCAUUUUCCCCCCAGUAUUUUGUGCUCCAGCAUUGUUAUGUAUGCGAACGCCGUUUGCUGAGAAACUGUGUCAGCCUUCCUCUAAUUAAGAGUCUGGCAGGAGCCAGCGCAACAGUAAUUUUGGAGAUGACGCUUCCAGUUUGGAGAUGACAGUGAGCUGAGGUGCUGCGGCAGGGGCUCGUGCUGGGGAUGCAGGAAUGUUCUCCGGCUGAGCAGGACAGGGGGACCCACGAGGAGCCUGGUGCAGGAGCAGAGGGUUUGGUGGCCAGCCCUGUCCCAGAGAGCUGGAGAGCCUGUGCAGAGGAUUGGCUGCGCCGGCCUGGCGGCAGCAGCUGAGGCAGCUGCCCUUGCCGAGAGAGCAGGAAGAUGAGCGGAGGUCCAGCACAUCUCCUGACAACUCUCUUCAUGGCAGCAGCAGCCCUGGGCUACCCAUCACGGCGCUCUGCCACCGACCUGGAUGCCACCCCCAGGACGACAGUCACCUUUGAUGUGGCUCGCGCUGUGCCUGCCCCGGGGUCCCCCUCAGCCCCCUGUUCCCUUUGCAGAGCUGUCGGGAGUCCGGCGCUUCAAGGCGCACACCCUCAACUACAGCACGCUGCUGCUGGAGGACGACCGGGGCAUCCUCUACGUGGGCGCCAGGGGAGCCAUCUUCGCCCUCAACUCCAGUGACGUGGCCGACGGCUCCCACCACACGAUCCACUGGGAAGCCUCCCCGGAGAAGCAGAUGGACUGCCUGCAGAAGGGCAAAAACAACAAGACCGAGUGUUUCAACCACGUGCGGUUCCUGCAGCGGCUGAACAGCACCCACCUCUAUGCCUGUGGGACCUACGCCUUCCACCCGCUCUGCGCCGCCAUCGAUGCCAACAGGUUCAUGUUACCAUCCCACUUUGAGGAAGGCAAGGAGAAGUGCCCAUAUGACCCUGCCCGUGGCUACACCGGCCUCAUUGUGGAUGGAGGCUUGUACACAGCGACACGCUACGAGUUCCGGAGCCUCCCUGACAUUCGGAGGAACUUGCACCAGCGGCCACUGAAAACAGAGGAAUCCCCGUUGCACUGGCUGAAUGAUGCUGAGUUUGUGACCUCUGUGCUGGUCCGGGAGAGCAAGGACAGCCCUGUGGGUGAUGAUGACAAAAUCUACUACUUCUUCAUGGAGCGGGCAGGAGAGGAGACUACGUCCUUCUUCGACAAGAGUCAGGUGGCCCGAGUGGCCCGGGUGGCCCGUGUCUGCAAGAGCGAUGUGGGGGGAAAGAAGAUUCUGCAGCGCAAGUGGACAUCCUUCAUGAAGGCUCGCCUGGUCUGCUACAUCCCCUACUAUGAGGUGCUGCGCAGUGUCUGCAGCCUGGAUGGGGGUGGCUGGGCCAGCACUGUCUUCUAUGCCACCUUCACACUCUCAGCACAAUGGAGGACCAUGGAGGCCUCGGCCGUGUGCCGCUACGACAUCUCGGCGGUGCAGCGUGCCUUCGAGGGCCCCUACAUGGAGUACCAGGACUGGGCUCGCAAAUGGUCCCGCUACGACGGUGCAGUGCCUGAGCCCCGGCCCGGCUCUUGCAUCACGGACCACUCCCGCAGGAAGGGCUACAAUUCCUCUCAGGACCUGCCCAACAGUGUCCUGGACUUUGUCAAGCUGCACCCACUCAUGUUCGAGGAGGUGAAGCCAGCUGGCGGGGAGCCGCUCCUGGUGAAGAAGAACGUGGCGUACAGCCAGUUGGCUGUAGACAGGGUGCAGGCCCUGGAUGGCCGCUCCUACGAUGUGCUCUUCAUGGGCACAGGGGAUGGCUGGAUCCACAAGGCUGUGGUGGUGAACUCGGGCAUACACAUUGUGGAGGAGGUGCAGGUGUUCAGGGACAUGCAGCCUGUUGAGAGCCUGGUGAUCUCUCACAUCCAGAGGAGCCUGUACGUGGGGGCAGCCAGCGGGAUCGUGCAGGUGCCCCUGGCCUCCUGCGCCAGGUACACCUCAUGCUAUGACUGCAUCCUCGCCCGGGACCCCUACUGUGCCUGGGAUGGCAGGGCGUGCCGCACCAUUGCCACCACAGACAGGACAGGGCUGGUGCAGGACAUUCAAAGUGGCAACAAGGGAUGCCGGAGCAUCUCUGGACGGGUGCGUGUCCCCACAGGCUCUCUGCCCUGGAAGAACCGGACAGUGCUGCAGGGGGAUGAUGUGCUGUUGCCCUGCGACCAGCGCUCCAACCUGGCCCGAGCCGUGUGGCUGCUGAACGGCAGCGAAGUGCUGGGCACGGGGCAGGACCGGCUGCGUGUGGGGGUGGAUGGGCUGCUGGUGACAAACACACUGCCCCAGCACAGCGGCGAGUACCGCUGCUACGGGGAGGAGCAGGGGCUCCGGACACUGCUGGCUACCUACAGCCUCACCGUGCUGCCCGAGCUGCCCCGCGGCCCUACAGUUGCCCCAUCGCCCCAUGCUGCCAGCCAGGCGACCAACGACAUGAAGGUGGCUUACAUUUCUGCCAUCGUCACCUUGGUGGUGCUCUGCACCGUGCUCAGCACCAUCCUCCUGUACAUGUCCUGCCUGGAGAAGCGCAAGGGCAAGUACGUGCUAGGGGAGCCACGGCCAGCCAGCGUGGAGCUGCAGACUGUCUCGGCCAACUGCCUGCGCAAGGGCCCCCGGGAGGAGGAGGAGGAAGAGCUCACCUACCCUGAUGGCUGCCUGCGGAUCAUCCCUGGCGAGGCACCCACAGCAGUCACCUCUCCAGUCAAGGAGCUGCCGGUUGCUGUGCCCCCACUGCCACCCCCUCUGCCAGCUGAGCUCACCAAUGGUGUGGGAGCUCUGCCCAAUGUCCUCCGCAAGAUGAACGGCAACAGCUACAUGUUGCUGCAGCAGCAGGAGGAGCCACUGACCUCCCCACUCUACAAUGCAUCCUUCACCGAGGAGCUCAGCAAAAUUCUGGAGAAGCGGAAACACACGCAACUGGUGGAAAAGCUGGACGAGAGCUCCGUGUAGGGGCUGGGGAGGGGGGUCCUGUCAGUGGGACCCUCCUCCCCUCCAGCCCCUUCUCCCACCCUUUGCCAGCAGUGUUACAAGACUCAGACAAAACUACCUCCAUGAUGGCAGAGCUGGGCCAGGCCCAGGCUCGGCCAUUUCUUUUGCUUUUCACACACUUUUGAGACCUGCAGUACAGAAAAAAAAGGACGGUGUUUAUUUAAAUUUUCAGCUAUAUUUAUGUAUAAAAACUCACUGACGGUGGCCACGAGCUGGAGACAGGAGCUGGCACCUGGCUGAAGGUGGACACCAUGGGGAGUUUUUGUCUGUUCAUCCAGGCGUGAGAGACGCUGUUGUGGAUGUGUGGACUUGGCCAGCCCUGCUGGGCGUCCCUUGAUACGCAGGAGCUGGAUAGCUGCUGAGAGGUGGGUGAAGAGCACGGAGAAGGGCUGAGGGCUGACAUACUGUGCCUGUGACUCUCACAGGCCACAGGAUCCCUUCUGAUGUAGUGCUGGUAGGUUUUCUUCCAGCUGCCAGCUCUCAGGCAGGAGAGGGGCCCUGGACACAUCUCACGUUUGUGAGGGGUGGUCUUGGAGGCUUCCAGACCUGACCACUGUACCAUGUCUGCCCUCCAGGGUUUCCUCUCUGGGAGAGGAUGGUUUGGCGAGGGACAAGAGAUAGGGCGAGGAGCUGAUGUCCUGAAUACCCUGGAGCAGCUGGUGAAGGGACAUGUGCCCACUCGAAGAGGCCACAGGGCAUUGGAUGCAGCAGCAGGCAGCAAGAUGCACUGGCAGCAGGACUGGCAGCCACCACUGUGCCCUACAGUGUGACAAGGGACCAGUGGACCGUCCACAUGCCCCUGAUGUCUGCAGUGCCCCUGUGGCUUCAAGCACAACGUGUUUCUGUCUUCCUGUGCAGUGCCGUUGGUGAACUGGGGUUCAGGCACAGCCCUGUCACCCGUGGGAAAAUGUGUGGGCAGGCAAAUGUCCUCAUACAGUGAGGAAGAAGAACCUUGGACAAGGGCCUGCCUCCCUCUGGAGCCUUCUCUUCAUGGCACUUUCCAGGAGUAACCAUGGUCCCUAAAUCCUCCCAACUGUUUCUGCUUCUGCCACCUCCUGGGGGAACCUGAGAGAUGGGGGUGACAAAAGCAUAUCAUGCUCCAGGGACAGUGUGGUGACACUGGAGAAGCUGGAGAGAGACAGACCUGUGGGGGUCCAUGUUCUCUCCCAUGUUCCUUGCACGAUCCCAUGUAUCUCCACGAUCAGGAUGUUGUCAAGGGCUCAGUCCUGCAGGGGAAACAGGAGAGGGGUGAAAACCCCCAGGGUCCCUCAUGAGCUACAGUCAAGCCUCCUAUUCCAGGAGAAUGAGGCUUAGCAGGAAAAGGCAAGAGUUGCACACUCUGCCACCCUACCCCAGUCCUUGUUUUUGCUGCAAGAAGGGGGUGUGAGCCACCCCGAACGACCACCCACAACCCUCGAAGAAGGGGCAUCACUCUGUGUCUGGCACUUUUCAUGCACAGCUCCACAUUUCCCCCAGCAAUAAAAAUGGCUCUGUCUGUA